ACAAACGACAAAGUAAGAUCUUACCAGCUCCAACAAUGGCCUAUCCCACAGCCCACACGACCAAGGUCGAGAACCAUCGACUGAGGCUACUUAACAAACUCAAAGCCGGAGAGUUCCCAUUAAUGACUUUCGUGGCCAUUCCCUCAGUACGCCAAGCCCAAAUCGUGGCUUUGACUGGUCUUGACGGCAUCAUUAUCGAUUGCGAGCAUGGCCAUAUCGGAGACGAUUCGAUGCACAACUCUGUCGCUGCCAUAUCAGCACUCGGGGUAUCGCCCAUCAUUCGCAUCCGCGGCCCUGCGCACGACAUUAUUAAGCGUGCUCUGGAUACUGGCGCGCAUGGCAUCAUGGUCCCGCAGAUCAACAACGCCGAAGAAGCGAAACAGAUUGUCGCAUCUUCCAAGUUCCCACCGCAGGGAGUGCGCGGUCAAGGCUCAGCAUUUCCUAGCAUUGGCCAUGGUAUUACGACGCCCCAAUAUAUGCAGUCUGCCAACGAAACGGUUGUGACUAUGAUUCAAAUAGAGACGCGCGAGGGUGUCGAGAACAUCGAUGCCAUCUGCGCCGUGCCUGGAGUGGACCUCAUCUUCAUCGGCCCUAACGAUCUUGCGCAAUCUCUCCUAGGAUAUGUGCCCGCGCGCGGAGAUGAGCCAGAGUUCCUCGCUGCCAUUGACAAGAUCAUCGCGGCGGCGCGAAAGCAUGGGAAGUGGGCUGGACGAAUGGUCAAUGAUGGUGCAGCAGCGAAGGAGGCCAGAAAGAGAUAUGACACAGUCGCCAUUACAGGCGACACAAAGGCAAUUCAGAAUUGGUAUAUUCCGGAGUUCAAGAUUGCUCGGUCAUGAGAAGGUUCGGG